UUUGUCUCAACAUUUCACAUGACACUUGACAUUACGUUGACUGCGAACAUGGGUUUUGCAACUCCAAUACCGGUUUUAAACUGCCUAUUUUUUCGUACAAUGUUUUUCUGGAGUAGGAAAAGGCGAGGCUGGACCGAUCGCUUGUUAUUUCCAUCGAUUUCGUAAUAAACAACGUCACACGAAUAAACGAAUUCCUCGAUAUAUCUUUGACUAGCAGCAUGCAAUAGCAUAUAUCUCAGAAGAGCGAUUGAAUCCCUCGAAGCAACAAUGUUCUCCCGGAGGAGCAUCCUUUCCUUUGUCUCGCAGAGCUUUGCCAGAAAGUUGCAUCUGUCAAAAAUUCGACAAGAAGCUGCAAUAAUAGAUGGAUCAAAAAUAGCAGAAGAGAUUCAAGAGGAAUUAAAAGCUGUUGUAGAUACUUGUGUAAAUGCCGGGAAAAAGAGACCAAAGCUAGUAGCAAUUUUGGUAGGAAAUCAUCCAUCUAGUAAAGCAUAUAUUGGUAGAAAGAUGAAAGCUGCAAAAUUAGUAGGAAUCGAGAGUUACACCAUUCAUUUGGGAGAAAACAUAACGCAAGCGGAUCUUCUUAUGGAAAUUGAUAAUCUUAACAAAGAUCCAUCUGUUGAUGGUGUUUUAGUACAAUUACCAUUGCCAAAAGGUAUGAAUGAUAAAGAAGUAUGCCAAGCAAUAGUUCCUAAAAAAGAUGUGGAUGGUUUUCACUUGGAAAAUCUUGGCAAUUUAACACUAGAUAAAAAUAGUAUUGUACCAGCUACUCCCUUGGCUGUUAAGGAAUUAGUACUUAGAAGUAAAAUUGAGACAUUUGGGAAGAAUGCUGUGGUUGUUGGUAGAUCAAAACAUGUUGGUCUACCUAUCGCAUUGUUACUUCAUGCAGAUGGCAAAGGUGAAACAGGUGCCUUGGACAUGACAACCACAAUUUGUCAUAUUCACACUCCUCACACGGAACUGGAAAAAUUUACAAAGCUGGCUGAUCUUGUCGUGGUGGCGGCUGGAGUUCCCGGCUUGAUUACUAAGGAAAUGAUAAAACCGGGCGCUUGUGUAAUUGAUGUGGGAAUCACCAGGGUAAAAACAGCAGAUGGUAAAUAUCGCCUAGUGGGAGACGUGGAUUACGAUGGUGUAAAGGAAGUUGCUGGGCAUAUUACACCAGUCCCAGGUGGCGUGGGUCCUAUGACGGUGGCGAUGCUGAUGAAGAACACAGUCACAGCUGCUAUGAGAAAUCAGAAGGACGCAAAACAAGCCGAUCGUUUAAAGGAUAGCAAAGCAUUUGUAUAUUGAUAUACAUAAUUUGUUAUGAUGAUUCUUGUAUUUUAUAGUAUUAUUUUUGUGAAACAAGUUAUAAAACCGUUUUACGCAGUAUUAUCAGAAAACGGAAAUAUACUAUGUGUAAUAGCUGAAUGAGAAAAAAAUGUAUAAUAAAAUCAAACCUGCUCCUUCUAUUUACUUGCAUUUCACUACAUAUUUUUAUGUUAAUUUUAUAUACAUAUUUCUCAAACAUGAUUGUUAUAGAUAAGUGCCUUCUAUUAAUUUUAAUAAUAA